AUGACGUGUGCUGGAGCCAUCGGCCCUCCCGCGUCCGGGGGCGGGGCCAACGCGCGGAGAAAGGGCCUCCCCCCUCCUCUCGGCCACGCGUCCCCCCUCUCCCCUCGGUCGCGAUCAUGUCUCCUCUCCAUCUACACUCAGCCUCCUUGCCAUCUCUCUCCUCUGCGUCUCCCCUUCUUCCCUCUCCUUGUGUUAUAUCGAAGGGGAAGGCCGGUCGGCGCACGCGCGUUUCCAUGUGUGUGUGUGUCCGACAGGGGGGUGGGGCGGCGGCCGGGGUUGUGUGAGGGAGGAGAGGGGCCAUGGGGUUGCGCAUGGAUCGAGUGCGCGCAUGUGUGCGCCUCCUUUGUUGUGCAACCAUGA